GACGUUCCUCUGCCGCAACAGGGUGACACCGACACGGGCAUGGCGGGCGCCUCGGUGAAGGUGGCGGUCAGAGUCCGGCCCUUCAGCGCGCGGGAGAGCAGCCGCCAGGCCAAGUGCGUUAUCCAGAUGCAAGGAAACACCACCUGCAUUACCAACCCCAAGCUCCCCAAAGACGCCACCAAACACUUUACCUUCGACUACUCGUACUGGUCCCACACUUCGGAAGAGGAUCCCAACUUCGCCUCGCAGCGCCGGGUGUACCAGGAUAUUGGGGAGGAGAUGCUGGCACACGCCUUUGAGGGCUACAACGUCUGCAUCCUGGCCUACGGCCAGACCGGCGCCGGCAAGUCCUACACCAUGAUGGGGCGGCAGGAGCCGGGGCAGCGCGGGAUUAUCCCGCAGCUCUGCGAGGAUCUGUUUGCCCGCGUCACUCGGGAAGGGUCACCUGAACUUUCUUUUUCUGUGGAGGUGAGCUACCUGGAGAUCUACUGCGAGCGGGUGCGGGACCUGCUGAACCCCAAGAGCCGGGGGGGGCUGCGGGUGCGGGAGCACCCCCUGCUCGGACCCUACGUGCAGGACCUGUCGCGUCUCGCCGUCGCCUCCUUCGCCGACAUCGCCGACCUCAUGGACAGCGGCAACAAGGCCAGGACAGUGGCAGCCACGAACAUGAACGAAACGAGCAGCCGCUCGCACGCCGUGUUCACCAUUGUGUUCAGCCAGCGCCGCCGAGACCCGCUCAGCGACCUCACCACAGAAAAGGUGAGCCGCAUCAGCCUGGUGGACUUGGCAGGCAGCGAACGUGCUGAUGCCUCAGGGGCCAAGGGAAUCCGCCUCAAGGAAGGUGCCAACAUCAACAAGUCCCUGACCACUCUGGGCAAGGUCAUCUCUGCCCUGGCCGAGGCGACCAGCAAGAAGAAGAAGCCGGAUUUCAUCCCGUACCGGGACUCGGUGCUGACGUGGCUGCUGAAGGAGAACCUGGGCGGGAACUCGCGCACAGCCAUGAUUGCGGCGCUGAGCCCGGCCGACAGCAACUAUGAGGAGACGCUGAGCACCCUGCGCUACGCCGACCGCACGAAGCAGAUCCGGUGCCACGCUGUGAUCAACGAGGACCCGAACGCGCGGCUGAUCCGGGAGCUGCGGGAGGAGGUGACGCGGCUGCGGGAGCUGCUCAGUGCUCAGGGUCUCUCUGACACCACCCUCUCUGCCCCCCCCACCACAACAUCCCCCACCCUCAACGGGGGUCCGGGGCUGGAGCCCCCCCUGGGUCCUACUGAGGCCAUGGAGCGACUGCAGGAGACGGAGAAAAUCAUAGCAGAGCUCAAUGAGACGUGGGAGGAGAAGCUGCGACGGACAGAAGCCCUGAGGCUGGAGCGGGAAGCGCUGCUGGCCGAGAUGGGGGUGGCUCUACGGGAGGAUGGCGGCACCGUGGGUGUAUUCUCUCCUAAAAAGACUCCACACUUGGUGAACCUCAAUGAGGACCCACUGAUGUCUGAGUGCCUCCUAUACCACAUAAAGGAUGGUGUGACCAGGGUGGGCCAGGUGGAUGUGGACAUCAAGCUGUCAGGGCCGUUCAUCCGGGAGAAGCACUGUCUCUUCCGCAGCUGCCCUGACCCCUCGGGAGAAGUUGUGGUGACCCUGGAGCCAUGUGAGGGGGCUGAGACCUACGUCAACGGGAAGCAGGUGACGGAGCCGGUGGUGCUCAAGUCGGGCCACCGCCUCAUUUUGGGGAAGAACCACGUGUUCCGCUUCACGCACCCGGAGCAAGCGCGGCGGGAGCGGGAACGGGGGGCGUCGCCUGGGCCCCCCCCAGACUGGAACCUGGCGCAGCGGGAGCUGCUGGAGCAGCAGGGCAUCGACAUGCGCCUCCAAAGGCUCCAGGACCUGGAGAACCACCCCCAGCUGGAGAAGGAAGCGUCAGAUCAGCCACAGCCCCCCGCCACUGACGAUGCACCGUGCUACGAGGCCGGCUGGCGCCUGAUCUCGUCACUGCGCCAGGCGCUGCCGGCGCCCGCCGUGCGCUCGGUGCUGCAGCGCUGA